UCGGCCUCGCCCCGCCCAGGCUCCGCCCCCAGCGCGGCUUUUAAGCUCUUAAAGUUCCUCUUUCGCACCUCGGAGUCUUAGUUUCACCACUUGAACUUGGAACCCACUGCUGCCCUCGGCUCCGAAUCCAGGGCAAGCGCGGAGAGUGCAGGAGGCAGAUCCUGGGCGCGAGAGCAGGACCGUCGGCGCGCUGGGCAUGAACCUGGAGGGCGGUGGCAGCCGAGGCGGAGAGUUCGGCAUGAGCUCUGUGAGCUGUGGCAACGGGAAACUCCGCCAGUGGCUGAUCGACCAGAUCGACAGCGGCAAGUACCCGGGGCUGGUGUGGGAGAACGAGGAGAAGAGCAUCUUCCGCAUCCCCUGGAAGCACGCGGGCAAGCAGGACUACAACCGCGAGGAGGACGCCGCCCUCUUCAAGGCUUGGGCGCUAUUUAAAGGAAAAUUCCGAGAAGGCAUUGACAAGCCAGACCCUCCCACGUGGAAGACACGUUUACGGUGUGCUUUGAACAAGAGCAAUGACUUUGAGGAACUGGUUGAGAGGAGCCAGCUGGACAUCUCAGACCCCUACAAAGUAUACAGGAUUGUUCCUGAGGGAGCCAAAAAAGGAGCAAAGCAGCUCGCCCUAGAGGACCCACAGAUGACCAUGAGCCACCCCUAUGCCAUGCCGACUCCUUAUACCUCACUCCCAGCGCAGCAGGUCCAUAACUACAUGAUGCCACCUCACGACCGAAGCUGGAGGGAGUACGUCCCUGACCAGCCCCACCCUGACAUCCCUUAUCAAUGUCCUGUGACCUUUGGACCUCGAAGCCACCACUGGCAAGGCCCAGCUUGUGAAAAUGGUUGCCAGGUGACAGGAACCUUUUAUGCUUGUGCCCCGCCUGAGUCCCAGGCCCCUGGAAUCCCCAUUGAGCCAAGCAUAAGGUCUGCCGAAGCCUUGGCCCUCUCAGACUGCCGACUCCACAUCUGCUUGUAUUACCGGGAAGUCCUGGUGAAAGAGUUGACCACGGCCAGCCCCGAAGGCUGUCGGAUCUCCCACGGGCACACCUAUGAUGCCAGUAACCUGGACCAAGUCCUCUUCCCCUACCCAGAGGACAAUGGUCAGAGGAAAAACAUCGAGAAACUGCUAAGUCACUUGGAAAGGGGUGUGGUCCUCUGGAUGGCCCCUGAUGGGCUCUAUGCCAAAAGACUGUGCCAGAGCAGGAUCUACUGGGACGGGCCCUUGGCAUUGUGCAGUGACCGGCCCAACAAGCUGGAGAGAGAUCAGACCUGCAAGCUGUUUGACACACAGCAGUUCUUAUCAGAACUGCAAGCAUUUGCUCACCAUGGCCGUCCGCUGCCAAGAUUCCAGGUAACUCUGUGCUUUGGGGAAGAGUUUCCGGAUCCCCAAAGACAAAGGAAACUCAUUACUGCUCACGUUGAACCUCUACUGGCCAGACAGCUCUAUUAUUUCGCUCAGCAAAACAGUGGACACUUCCUAAGGGGCUAUGAUUUACCUGAACACAUGAGCAGUCCAGAGGAUUAUCACAGAUCCAUUCGCCACUCCUCCAUUCAAGAAUGAGAAACGUCCAGUGAUUCUGCUUCAUUAUAAAUAUCUGACUUUGACCGCACAGCUGAUUGAACCCCCCUCGUUUUGUUUUGUUUUUGUUUUUUGACGACACUUGAGAAGAAUCUCAGCAGGAAUAUGUGUAGAAAAUCAGCUCCAUCUGAUUGACAGACAAGCUUAUUCCAAAAUAACGGAUGGUGGUCUUGAGGGUCUCCCGUAGAUUGCCAACAUUGGUGAUAACUGUGAAAUCAACCAAAGGGUGUGUUUACAGUCGCUGAAAUGCUAUAUUUUAUUUGAUGGGGAUUAUUUCUUGCAGACUGAGAAAACCUGUGUUUCAGUGUUGACCACUAAUAGAGUGAUGAAAGCACUUAAGUGUUGUAUUAUUUCUCAGGGAAGUAAAAUCUAAAUUUGAGGCUACUCUGCUCACAAAAGAAACAAAUUAAUACAUGUAGGAGAUAUUCCUGCUGUGUAGAAAAUGCUUGCUUAUAGAAAGAAAGGAGUCUUUGACUGAGGUUGGGCCACAGUGCCUCCAGCUUUUGGGUGGCCCAUCUCCCCAGUUGGCCUGGGUCUCACCCCAGGUAGCCCCGAUGCCCUGCCAUUUUUUCUGCCCUGUUUGCUUCCCUCUCAGGUGCCCCUGGAAGCCAGUUGGUAGACUCGGUUACUAACUUCUUGAGCCAAAAAGCAUUAGGACUACCCUGAGUGGUACAUUUUUUUAUCCUUAUAAAACUGCUACAUAACAUUAUAUAUGUUUUAGGUGUACAGCAUUGUAAUUUGACAUCUGUAUGCACUACAAAGUGAGUGAUCACCCCGAAAAUUUAGUUAUCAUGUUUCACCACACAAUUGAAACCCUUCAUCCAACUCAAGCCCCCCCAACACCUUUCCUCUCUGGUAACCACCAAUCUGUUCUCUGAAUCUGUGAGUUUGUUUUUGUUUGGUUUUGUUUAUUUGGUUGUUUUUGUUUUUAGAUUCCACAUAUGAAUGAAAUGAUAUGGUAUUUGUUAAUCCCCCUCUGACUUAUUUCACUUAGCAUAAUACCUUCAAGGUCCAUUCAUGUUAUAGUGCAUGGCAAAAUUUUAGCUUUUAUCUUUUUUAUGGCUAAACAAUAUACCACAUCUUCUUUUUCCAUUUGUCCACUGAUGGAUACUUAGGCUGUUUCCAUUUCUUGGCUGUUGUAAAUGCUGCAGUGAACAUAGGGACCAUGUGUUUUUCAAAUUAGUGUUUUUUGUAUUUUUCAGAUAAAUACCCAGAAGUGGAAUUGCUGGGUUAUAUGGUAGUUCUAUUCUUAAUUUUUUGAGGAAUCUCCAUAGUACUUUCCAUAGUGGCAGCACCAACUUACAUUCCCACCAAAAGUGUACAAGGCUUCCCUUUUCUCUAAAUUCUCUGCGGCAUUUUUUAUGGUCUUCUUGAUAAUAGCCAUUCUAACAGAAGUGAGGUGAUAUCUCAUUGUGAUUUUGUUUUGUAUUUCCCUAAUAAUUAAUGAUGAACAUCUUUUCACAUGCCUGUUGGUCAUCUGUAUGCCUCCGUUGGAAAAAAAUGUCUAUUCAGAUUAUCUGCCCAUUUUUAAAAUCUGGUUGCUUGUUUUUAUGUUUUUGUAGUGUAUGAGUUCUUUAUAUAUUUUGGCUAUUAACCCCUUGUCAGAUAUAUGAUUUGCAAACAUCUUCUCCCAUUUAGUAAGUUGCCUUUUCGUUUUAAUGGUGGUUUCCUUUCACUGUGCAGAAGCUUUGUAGUUAGAUGUAAUCAAUUUGUUUAUUUUUCCUUUUGUUUCCCUUGCCUUUAGAUUCAGAUCCACUUGGGUACUACAUUUUUACCUGUCCUACAAUCUAGUAGUGAUUGAUUAUGAUUCUUUUGUCCUUAGUCGUAUUCUGUAGAAAUUAUUGCUUAAAUUGUUUUUUCCUAAAGAAGAAAAAAAAUCCACAAUCCAAGUACUAAAGCUAUAUUUUGGAAACUCAGUGACAUUUCCCCUCUUAUCCUCUUUGUUUUGUUUGGCUAUCAGCGAGUUAUCCAUGACAACACUAAGAGAAGGAGCCAGUGCUUUUUGAUUUGGUGAACUCUGUUAGGAAAGAUGAUGACGGAAUUUCACGGGUUGCAUAACUGCAGACUCAGUGGGCUGUUUUUGCUUAUUUUGUAUAUUAUAUGCUUCCUCAUGCCAAUAAUGGUUUGACAUGUUCAUCAUUAAUUAUUAGGGAAAUACAAAACUGGGCUUUUCCAAAAUACAUCUUUUUAUAGAAUCACUAAGAUAUCCACUUGCUUACAUAAGCCUGACUACUUGUUUGUUUUUGAAAAAGUACAGAUAUUUAAACAUCCAAUGUUUUGAUCAAACUAUAAAACAAUUGCUGUUACUUUCAGGCUCAACAAAAGAGUUGGUCGUUUUCAAAUACAUGCCACUCUUGCUCUAAUCUAUACUUUUUAUCAUUCAACAAACAAUGCACCUACUUUGCGCACUCACUGUGUGCUCCUUUAAUGCAGCCAUACAGGUUUACCUCAUUCCCUUAAAAGCUCUGCUGUAGACUCCACUGCAACACAGUUAGUAAGCCCCAGGUGUUUUGCAAGCCAGUCCCGAUGAAUACCUGUGGGCAGCAGAUUGCGUUUCCCGUGAACUGCGGUGAUUUAUACAUCUUAUAGAUGCUAAGUGUUUGGGGUAUAUUAUCCUCUGCGGUAAAUGAAGAUUUUACAAACACCACUGUGACCCAGGCCUGAGUGGGGCCCUCCUCCCCGUGAGCAGUGAACCCCACACUUUGAGAGGCUCUGUGGGAUCUGCCCGGGGGCUGUAGCUUCUUAAUUUUCCAAGUAGAUCCUUAGUUUCAAUCACUUGUGAGAAUUAUUUUCUUCUUCUUUUUAUCUCCUUUAAAAAAUACUAAUCUGCUUUAACACAGGAGUUACGUUUUCUGGAAAAUGCUGUUGGUUUAGGCCACUUCUCUCCUCUCCCAUUAAUAAACUCUACUACGCUGAGUGUAUUUUCAAGGGAUCCAGAGUAUGGCUAGUGAAUGAACCAGUUACAAAAUAUUCAGGGUGAAGACUCCUAACAGUUGGCAGAGGACUUUGGAAAGGAAUGCCUCCUUCCCUGACUUGAUAAAAUGGGAUUAGCAAACCAGAACAAACUAGUUUGUUGUCAAUGAAAGAUGCUGUAAAAGAGUUUAGGCACUUGGGCUGCAUCCCUGGCUAGUGUUGCACAGUGAUUAGAGCAUGGGUCUGCAUACCUAAGGAUCUCAGGUUUGAUUCCUGAUCAAGGGCACUUACCUGGGUUGCAGGUACAUCCCUGGCCUGGUCAGGACGUGUAUAGGAGGAAACCAAUCAACGUUCCUCUCUCACAUAGAUGUUUCUCUCCCCCCUUUCUUUCUUUCUCUUUCCCCCACUCCUCCUCCCUUCCACUCUCUAAAAAUUAAUGGAAAAAUAUCCUCAGGAGAGGAGUAACAAAACAACAAAAACAAAAUUUUAGCUUGCAGCAAAAAAUAUUUGUUUCACAGGUGUAUUUUCUUGGCCUACUUCUUAUUCUUAGAAUUUAGUUAAACUGUAGGCAGUAGUUGAUGUUUUCUGGAAAGCUUUAGAGAACAAGGUGACCAACUCAUUUCAAAUGAAAAACUUGAGUCUGAGACAAAACAGGACAGUUAGUCACCCUCUGGAGAACCCAGCAAGACCAUUGUGUUUGAGCCAGGAAGAGACUGCUCCACUGGGAGAGAACAUUUAAAAUCCUAAGUGGGACGAGCGAGCAGCAUGACCAUGUGGUUAUCACCUGAGCAUAGGGCUGUCAGGUUUGUGUUCAGAGAAAGGUGUGCACUGGGCUGAGGCAUGAAUAGGUUUUCUUCCCAAUCACUACAUAGAGGCCCCAGAGCAGGACCAGCUCUGGGAAUCUUAGGCAGGGUCUGGUAUGGGCUCUGUCUGAGAAGCUGAGCUGUGGGUGGGUAGGCAUUGAGAGGCAAGGAUCACUCCCACAUCAGGGAAGGUCAAAAACUAUUUUAGGGCAUCAGCUAAUUUUUUAGUAAAAUGCAGACACAGUUCAAAUCCCCUUUCAUUCCUCUUUGAUCACAUUUCUUCCCUUUCUCCACUGGUGAGCAUUUUUCUGAAAGCUGUGAGCUUCCCUAGGGCUAUAUUUCUAUUAUAUAUCUCCCUAAGUUGUUUUUAGCUGACAGAUUUAUGGCACACCUAAUGCAACAUUUAAAUAGAUGAGUAAAUGUUGCAUUGGGGCUGUUCUGCCACCUAGACUGUUCUGCAGCUUGCUUUUCUCACACCCCUGUCUUUGAGAUCGAUCCGUGUUGAUGCAGGAGGAUCUCAUUCAUUGUUUAACUGUUGUUGAAUAGCUUGUCCACAUGAAUGUAGUGAAGGUCAAAUUUCCUGGCCUUUAUUUUCAUUGCUUUAAGGAAAGCAAAUAUAUGAAGGGUGGCUGAAGUGGAGGAGAAGAGAGGAAAUGUGGAAGAGAGAAGAAAGGCCAGCAGACCAAUCCACCUCCAUAUAAACUCAUAUAUUGCUUUAGACUAUUUGGGAUAGAAGGGACCUCAUAGGUAGAGGGGUUCACUCUUCUGCACCCCUGAUUUAAGGGUGGAUAAGACCAGGCGGUUCCAUAGAUUCAGCGCAGUGCUGUGCCGGUUCGGUCUUGUCACCAAGCAUCCUAGGCAGGGGUGUCUUGAGAACAAGGCUGAUCAUUCCGUGGACAAUGGUUGUACAUAAUCGUGCCAUAAAUGUUAAUGUAAAUUGCUUUUUAACACAGAUUUAUAUUUGUGAUAAUCUGAUGUUUUAAGUAGUUGAUAAAUAAAGACAUUUUUAAAAAUAAUGUUAUGGGCCAUGUAUGUUAUUAAACACUCAUCUUGAUAGCUAUUUAUUUAUUUAUUUAUUUAUUUAUUCUUUAUUUAGUUUUAUUAAUUUCAGAGAGGAAGGGAGAGGGGGAGAGAGAGAUGGAAACAUCAAUGAUGAGAAAGAAUCAUUGAUCGGCUAUCUUCUGCAUGUCCCCUACUGGGGAUCAAACCCGCAACCUGGGCAUGUGCCCUUGACCAGAAUGGAACAAGGGACCUUUUAGUCUACAGGCUGGCGCUCUAUCCAUUGAACCAAACCGGCUAGGGCUUGAUAGCUUUUUAAAUACUUUCUCCUUCUGGUGCAUUUUUUUUUAGCAAGGUUGCUUUAGCAGCCUGCUUCCUUCCUGGUUGUCAUAUGUGUCCUUAAAAUCAGAUUUUUAAAAAUUGCUUAAAAAAAUACAAAACUUGUCCUAGUGUUGGGCAGCUCCUCCAGCCCAGGAUACACAUCUGAGGAGAGUGUAACCAUCCUUCCUUUUCUCUCCCUCUUCUCCUUUAGCAGGUCUAGUGGACCCAAGGAAAUCUAUACCACAACUCUUUGAUUUUGUCCUUGUUGUUAAAGGAGAGAAUAAAGGGGAGAGGACAUAGGUUAACUAGUACCCUGAAUGUGAAAUGUAAUAUAGAACUGUGUGUGGAAAAAGGCACACGCCUGAGAUGGAGCCCCUUGUGGCCUCUGGUGUCCCUCUGUCUGCUGGUAACUCAUCUCUGUGCAGCCAGCAAGGGGUCUACCUUUCUCAGUCUAUGUAUUGCUCUGUCUCAUAGGAGACCCAGCCCUUCAGCCCUAUCAAGUGCUGAAUAGUUUGUGGGAACACCAGAGAGAGGCUGCAGCUAAAGAAUGCUCUGAGCUGUUAGAAAUGUUUGUAGUUUGCAACUAGGAGCCCCAGAAUAUUAGAUUCGAAUACUUUUGAAUUUGCUAAGUGCUAACUAAAU